AGGUAUAAUUUUUCACCAGUUAUCUGAGGCAACGUACGGUAAGAGAUCAAGUUUCUAUUGCGACGCAAUUUAUUAAAUAACCAUUAAAAAAAUAUUAAACCUUUUAUUUAUUGAAUUGAAAACGAUAUUCACUAAACUUGGAAUAAAAACAAUUAAUUGUUUUGUUAAAAAAAAAAAAAAAAUGAGUCAAUUACAUCCAGAAGAUGCAGAAGUGAUAGAUAAAAAAUUUAUAAUAAGAUUGCGAAGGAGAAACCAAUCGGCAGAUUCAAAUCGUGUCAACAUUAUAAACUCUCCUCCUUAUGGAGAAAUUUAUCUCUCUGCAUUAUUAAAUUCUGAAAAUAAAUUAAAUAUCAAAAUUACUAAAGUCGUUACCAAGUCAGCAAAUGUAACUAUUGAAUUACAAGUGGAUGGAAUGGAUCGAAUAAUAAAAGACUUUAGUGACUGGACAGAAAAUUGUAGUUUUGAUGAUAUUUUAUGUCCAGUACGUAUUCAAGAAUGUUCAGAACAUAUUGCAUCAUCGCACUCUCGUGAUAUUAAUUUUAAUUAUGAUUUAAAUAUUUCUUGUAAAAUAAUUUGGUAUGGUUUCGUUGAUGAAUUAAAUUCACCGAAUUUAUAUAAAAAUACUCAACAUUAUUUGAACAAUUUAAAAUUCACCGAUAUUACUAUCAAAGUUAAAGAUAAAGAAUUCAAAGCACACAAAAUUAUUUUAGCAUCUCAAAGCCCUGUGUUCAAAAAAAUCUUGACAACUGACAUGAAAGAAUCGCGAGAAAAUUGUAUUAAUCUUCCGAAUAUUGAUGCUGAAGUUGCUGAUGAAUUACUUUACUUUUUAUAUCAUGGUAAAGUAGUAAAAGCUCAUGAUGAUGAUGAUAUUGCGUUACAAUUAUUUGAAACCGCAGGAAUGUAUCAAAUAGAAAAACUUAAAGAAAUUUGCGCUGUAAUAUUGAGUAAUAAGUUGACUGUAACUAAUGUAGUUAUGUUACUAGAAAUUAGUGAAAUCCACAAUUCAUUGAUUUUAAAAGAACGUGCGACAACAUUUAUCAUUAUCAAUCGCGAUGACAUUAUUCCAUCAGAGGAUUUUAAAGGAUUAUGUAUUCGUAAAUCAGAAUUAACAUUAAAAAUUAUUGAAAGAAUUGAAAAAUUUUAUAGAACAUAAUUUUAUAUUAUGAAAAUUUCUUUUUAUUAACUAACAUUGUAUCGGUAAAUUUGUCAAUAAAGAAACUGUUAUUGA